AACAUUUAAACCCAUUUACAUACAGUUAGCAAUUAUUAUAUAAAUAUACCAAAGUUAUAAAAUCACUAGGUUUUACAUUACAGUUCCACCUAUAAUCAUUUUUAAUAAAUGUGCAAUUUUAUAUUUUUAUAAAUCACAGCACCCCUUUACUUUAAUCACAGCAUGGUCUGCCUUUCAGUUACACACCGGUAACAAUUUUUUCUUGCGCAUUGCAAAGAGGCUUUACGGUACAAUCGAGGAUGAUCUGCCCUUCACAAACAUGGCGCCUCAUUGUACUGCUCGGGUCACACAAACAUGGCGCCGCCCAUGCACUACACUGAUGCUAACAAAUGCCAUUUACAAACUAACAAGUAAGCAUUUGCUUGUAAUCUCUGUUUUAAUUUAGUUUUACUUGUAUAAACAACUCGGGUUACUGAAUAACAAACUACGCACUUCGCUGCGAAUGUGCACCUUUACAGGGGAACACAUACUGAGCAUUCAGCUCCGCUUUAAAAGUGAUUUAUUUCUGUGUGUCUUUUUUUCCCUGUCCUGGCAUCCACCCAUGGCCUCCACCAACCCCACAGGAAACAUUACCGGGUUUCAAAUGGAUUGGAAACAGAAUCAAAGAGUUAAUGGACAAUGGGAAUGAAGUAUUGUUUGCAUUUGAGGAGUCUAUCGGAUUCAUGUGUGGUACUUCAGUCCUUGAUAAAGAUGGGGUUAGUGCUGCUGUUGUGGUGGCAGAAAUGGCAGCCUAUUUAGAGACCAGGAACCUUGCUUUGUCCCAGCAACUUUCAAAAAUAUAUGAAAUCUAUGGCUUCCACAUUUCAAAGACUUCCUAUUUAAUCUGCCAGCACCUUCCGACAAUCAAAAGAAUAUUUGACCGUCUUCGCAACUUUGGAGGCGAGAGGGAGUACCCAAGGUCCUGUGGAGGAUACAGUAUCGUCCACAUCAGAGACGUCACCACGGGGUAUGACAGCAGCCAGCCUGGUCAGAAAUGUGUGCUUCCUGUGACUAGAAACAGCCAGAUGGUCACCUUCACUUUCCAGAAUGGAUGUGUUGCAACUCUGAGGACAAGUGGCACAGAGCCCAAGAUCAAGUACUAUGCUGAAUUAUGUGCUGCUCCAGGACAGAGCGACCCCGCUUGUCUGAAAGAGGAACUCCAGAAGCUGAUUGAUGUCCUGGUUGAAGAGUUUCUUGAGCCGGACAAGAACAAACUGAUCCGGCGCUCCGUCUAGAAGCACAUUCAUUUGCACGGUCCUUGACACAUUCACAUUGAGGAGCGCAUGAAGAAAUGUUGCAUUGAUUUGUUGGAUGGUUCAUGCACACUAGUAUAUACCAUUGCACUUUUAGUAUGCAAAACAUUAAUCUCAUCAAGCCUAUUAAGUGUAGAGCACCACAUACAUUAUAGCAUAUUCAAAUUCAACUUGGCUUUGACAAGAAACAAGCAUUUAUGGGGAUUUGAAACAUAAUAGGAAGAACCUUGUACAGAGGACAACCCUUUACUGCUAUUUAUAGUCACAGCUGUAGUGUAAUGUUACAGGUAAUGCAUAUGUGUUUACAUUAAUUGUAGUGGCAGAAUCUUUUAUCAGAGGCUGUUAACUACAAUGUUUGGUUUUGCAAAUACGUUUUGGUUCAGGGGUGCACUCUUAACCUUUAGAACAAGAGCUUUAAAAAUCAGUUCAUUUCGCUUUUGGGAAAUUUUUUGUGAGCUGAGGGAGAAAAUAAUCCAUAAGGACUACACAUGCCGAAUGUGAACGUGUUUAUCUGCAUCUCUGUGUACAGGAGGUACCACUUUCCUACUACGACAUGACAGCAGUUUACAGACAUGUUACAAAAACCUAAAAAGGAUACUGCUGCCUUCCGUGAGGUCUCUGUGCUGUUAAUACUGUGCGUCUUAAAAUGAACGUUGUGUUCAAACCUGUGUUAGUAAGUUAUUAGCCUAGUUUGCCCCCCCCCCCCCCCCCCCCCACACACACACACUAGUGGGUAUAACUGAGAAUGAGCUCCUAGUGGAAAGACUUGCAGUAAGUAGCUUGCAAUUACAUUUUCUUAGUUUUGACUGCCCUGCACCUUUUUGUUAUGCUUGCUAUUGCUCUGAGUGGUUUGUUAUUGCAGUCAGUGAUAUAUGUUUUGUAUUUCUUUAGAAGUCUGUUGGAGUGCUUAGACUGAGUAAGGCUGUAUUUUAAAAAAAUAAGUACAGCAAACGUUUGCCUUAUUGACGCAAUGCCUGCUACACUGCAUUGAGGAACCUGGCAGCCGGUUUAGUUUGGUUCUGAAAAAUGAUUGACUACACAAUAGAGCUGCAAGAUUUCUUUUAAAAUGUGUUUAACCAAAAAGACACCAGUUGCAUCAAAGAUCAGUAAUAUUUCUGAUAAAGAUCGCUCUGUCCAGUACGAGAAGGCAACAUUGCUUGAUAAUUCAACUGGUGGUGAAAUUUAUGAACAUGUUUUUUAGAAGGUGGACAUAAACUAAAUGUCUACAAUUUAGCAUUUACUGUUCUUUCAGGUAUUCAUUUACAUAUUUAGAAGCAGCUGUUGUGUAAUAACUCUAGAGAAAGUGAUCCAUUUUGAAGUGACAGUGCUAUUUUGUUCUGGUUUAAUAAAUAUUAUCCUUAACCAUAUUUUUAGACCGUAAAAUGCUGUGAAGUAAGCAAUUUUUUACUGUGAAAAAAAUAGUCCUAACUAUGAGCUCAGGAGCGGAUCGUUGGUUGUCUGGCAGACGUGUCGUUUACGCUAGAUUCACCAGUGUCCGUCCUAUUAGCGCACAGCAGUGCAUUGCAAAAAAUAAAAGGAGACUUUAUUCAAAGUGGCAGAUCACUAGGUCAUGCUGCCUUGCUUUUAUAAAGACACUGACUGGUCUUGUCUUUGCUGUUAGAAAUGCGUAACAAGAUAGAAUGUAAGCUUAAGUUCUGGCUGCAUCUGGGGCAGAAAAGAAACGGGUUUAAAGUAAGUGCAAAGGUUGACAAUAUGGCGCCUAAAUGCCUUUCUUUACAUGUCGCCUUGGAAUAUAUAGGCCUUAUGAUUUUAAAAGACUAUUGGUUGUACUGUGUGUGUGGGUGUUGUGAGUCUGAAUACAAACUGGGCAGAGGGAAGGCUGGUGUCUUGAGCUGAACUGUUUUGCAUUGAAUUUCAAAGGCACCUUCUGUUCUCAUUAUUGGGGGUGGGGUGGGAUGAGGUUACAGAGGAUAAAAGGCAGAUGCCUUCAAGAUAGA